CCUCCGUCGGCUCAUAUCCACAUGCGAUGCCUCAUCGUCACGCAGGACGCGUCGAUUAUCAUCGGGAAGGGAGGCUCUCACGUUAACGAGAUCAGAGAGAAAAGCGGUGCGAAAGUCAUGGUAUCCGAGAGCAUCCCCGGGAACCCCGAGCGUAUUCUUAACGUCAGCGGGCCUCUGGAUGCGGUUUCGAAGGCCUUUGGACUCAUCGUCCGUCGGAUCAAUGAUGAACCUUUUGACGUGCCGUCUGUGCCAGGCAGCCGUGCGGUUACCAUAAAGUUCAUGAUUCCCAAUUCUCGUAUGGGUUCUGUCAUCGGAAAGCAAGGUUCCAAAAUCAAGGAGAUUCAGGAUGCCAGUGGCGCUCGGCUGAACGCCAGUGAGGGUAUGCUUCCCGGCUCAACAGAGCGCGUGCUCAGCGUCGCUGGCGUGGCAGAUGCCAUACAUAUCGCGACCUACUACAUUGGGAACAUUCUCAUCGAAGCCGCCGAACGCAUGCCCUCCGGGUCAGCGUCCAACUCGACCUACCGCCCCUCGAAUCGCCGCCAGCCCUUUGUCAGCGGCUCAUCAUACACGCAGCAAAUCUACAUUCCCAAUGACCUUGUUGGGUGUAUCAUUGGAAAAGGUGGUAGCAAGAUCAACGAGAUCAGACACAUGAGUGCAAGUCAGAUCAAGAUCAUGGAACCCGGUGCGGGAGGGGUCGGAAUCAACGGCGCGCCAACCGGUGGUGAAGGCGAGAGACUUGUAGUUAUCACAGGCCCUCCUGCCAACAUUCAAAUGGCCGUCCAGUUGCUGUAUCAUCGCCUCGAACAGGAAAAACAAAAA